AUGGUGAACAUCCCGAAGACGCGCAGGACCUACUGCAAGGGUAAGACCUGCAGGAAGCACACUCCCCACAAGGUGACCCAGUACAAGUCGGGUAAGGCGUCUGAGUACGCUCAGGGUAAGCGUCGUUACGUCCGGAAGCAGAAGGGUUACGGUGGUCAGACCAAGCCCGUCUUCCAGAAGAAGGCCAAGACCACCAAGAAGGUGGUGCUCCGUCUCGAGUGCACCGUGUGCAAAUACCGUGCUCACCUCGCGCUCAAGCGCUGCAAGCACUUCGAGCUUGGCGGUGACAAGAAGACCAAGGGCGCUGCCCUUGUGUUCUAA